AUGUCUAAUAAAAGAAAAUCUGAAGCUGAUGACAUUGAGCAGAUCUAUUAGAAGAAGACCUAGCUUGAGCAUAUUUUGCUAAGACCAGAUACAUAUAUAGGAAGCAUAGAAACAUACCAAUAAAUGCUUUGGAUCUAUGAUCGUGACAAUGAUCGUAUUGACUUCAAAUAAAUCAACUAUGUUCCCGAUGAAAUUCUUGUCAAUGCAGCAGAUAACUAUCAUAAUGAUAAAACGAUGAAUCUGAUCAAAGUUGAAAUAGACCCUGAACAGAACAUGAUUUCAGUUUGGAAUAAUGGUAAAGGUAUUCCAGUUCAAAUUCACAAAGUCUACAAUUGCUACGUUCCUGAUAUGAUUUUCGGCUAAUUGCUCACUUCAAGUAACUAUGAUGAUAACAAAAAGAAAGUGACAGGUGGAAGAAAUGGGUUUGGCGCAAAAUUAGCCAAUAUUUUUUCAAAUAAGUUUAUUAUCGAAACAUAAGACUCAAAGAAUUAAAAGUAUUAUAAACAAGUAUGGAAAGACAAUAUGAGUGUCAGAGAAGAGCCUAUCAUCAAACCUAUAGGCAAAGGUGAAGAUUUUACAUGCAUCACAUUCUAUCCCGAUUUGCAAAGAUUUAAAAUGAAUCGACUAGAUGAAGACAUGGUAAGUCUAAUGACUAAGAGAGUCUAUGAUUUGGCUGGUGUAACACCUGGUUCAAUCUCUGUAAAACUCAAUGGCAAGAAGCUUGAAAUAAAAAACUUCUUAGAGUAUUGUGACCUAUAUCUUAAAAAUGAUGAGACUAAGCAACUUCCAAAGAUCAUAGAGAAGACAGAAUCAGAUGCUAGAUGGUAAAUAGUUGCUUCACUUAGUGAUGGAUCUUUUCAAUAAGUAUCUUUUGUAAACUCUAUUUGUACAUUCAAAGGUGGUUCACAUGUUAGUUAUAUAAGUGAUCAAAUAGUUGACAAAAUAUAAGAGGUUCUCAAGAAAAAGCAUAAAACUUUAGACAUAAAGCCCAGUCAGAUAAGAAAUAAUCUCUGGGUAUUCAUUAAUUGCUAAGUUGAAAAUCCAGCCUUUGAUUCUUAAACUAAAGAGACUCUUACUACAAAACCAUCUAACUUCGGUUCUACUUGUACUCUGUCUGAAAAGUUCUUAAAAGAAAUCAUCAGCUCUGGUAUAAUAGAGAGCAUUGUGACUGUAGCUAAAGCGAAGGAAGAAGCCAAGAUGGCUAAGAACUUAAAUCAAGGCAAGAAGAAAACAAAACUUAUGGGUAUACCAAAACUCGAAGAUGCUAAUGACGCAGGAGGAAGACAUGCCUAGGAGUGUACUAUUAUCUUGACUGAGGGAGACUCAGCUAAAUCUCUGGCUCUAGCAGGUAUUGAAGUUGUAGGAAGAGAUAAAUAUGGUGUCUUCCCAUUAAGAGGUAAAUUCUUAAAUGUAAGAGAAGCCAGCAACAAGUAAAUCAUGGAGAAUCCUGAAAUUCAAAACCUCAUAAAAAUUAUUGGACUCAAGGUCGGCAAGAAGUAUGAGGAUGUGAGUGACUUGAGGUAUGGCUCUUUAAUGAUAAUGACAGAUUAAGAUCAUGAUGGUUCACAUAUCAAGGGACUAUUGAUCAACUUCAUUCAUCAUUUCUGGCCAUCCCUAAUGCAAAACAAUGGAUUCAUGAAAGAGUUUGUGACUCCUAUCAUCAAGGCAACCAAGGGAGACUAGGUAUACUCGUUCUUUACCAUUCCUGAGUAUGAGCAGUGGGCUGAGGGAAGAAACAUCAAGGGAUGGAAAAUCAAGUAUUACAAAGGUCUGGGUACCUCCACAGCUAAGGAGGCCAAAGAAUACUUCACAGCCAUAGACAACCAUCAAAUCGAAUUCGAGUAUGUAGAUAUAGAAGAUGAAGAGGUAAUUGACCUUGCCUUCAAUAAAAAGCUAGCUGACAAGAGAAAGGAAUGGCUAACUACCUACAGAACUGAUCUCUAUGUCGAUCAUUCAUAAAAUCAUCUGAGAUACAAAGACUUUGUAAACAAAGAGCUUAUUUUGUUCUCAGUAGCUGAUUGCUUAAGAUCCAUCCCUAAUCUUUGUGAUGGCUUGAAGCCUGGCUAAAGAAAAAUCUUAUACUCUGUCUUUAAGAGGAGGCUUAGAGAUGAAAUAAAAGUAGCCUAAUUAGUCGGUUAUGUAGGAGAGCACUCAGCUUAUCAUCACGGUGAGCAAUCACUUUGCCAAACAAUCAUUACCAUGGCACAGAAUUUUGUAGGUAGCAAUAACAUUAACUUACUACUUCCCAUCGGAUAAUUCGGUACUCGUAACAUGGGAGGAAAAGAGGCUGCAAGUCCUCGUUAUAUUUUCACAAAUGUCAAUCCAGUCACUAGAUUUAUUUUCCAUCCAGAUGAUGACUAUAUUCUAAACUAUCUUGAGGAAGAAGGUCAAAGUAUUGAGCCUGACUACUACCUACCCAUUAUUCCAAUGAGUUUAAUUAAUGGUGCUGAAGGAAUAGGUACAGGAUGGAGCACUUUUAUUCCUUGCCAUAACCCAAGAGACAUCGCUGCUAAUCUCAAAAGAAUCAUGAGAGGAGAGGAGUAUCAGCCACUUUAGCCAUGGUAUAAAGGAUACUUAGGCUCUAUUGAAUAACUCCCUGGAGGUAAAUAAUAUCUUGUAAGAGGUAACUAUGAGUUAAAUGAAGAAGGGGAUCUUGUGAUCACUGAACUACCGAUUGGAAUGUGGACAAGAAACUUCAAAAAUUUACUUGAGGAAUUAGCAGAUCAGAAGAAUGGGGAAAUAGUUGAGGAUAUUAAAGAGUUCCACACUGAGAAUAGAGUUCACUUUGUUGUAAGAUGCAAUCAGCAAAAACUUUAAGAAAUCAUUGAAAAAGAAGGCAUUGAGAAGAAAUUCAAGCUCUCUACAACAAUUUCUACUGCUAACUAUGUCCUCUUUGAUUACCUUGGUAAGAUUAGAAGGUUCGUAUCAGAGAAGGAAAUUCUGGAGGAGUUCUUCGACUUAAGAAAGUAACUCUACAUCAGAAGAAAGGAGUACCUGCUUGCAAAAUUAAGAAAAGAAUUUGAGUAAAUUGAGAACAAAGUUAGAUUUAUCCUUGCUAUCAUCAAUGAGGAAAUAAGACUCAACAAAGUCAAGAGAAAGGUGGUUAUUCAAUAACUGAGAGCAAUGGGAUUGAAGACUGCCACUGAGAUCAAUGACAUUUUACCUGAGAAGAAAAGAGUAACAAUCAGGUAGGACUCCAAUGAAAAUGAGGAGGUAUAACCAGAGUAAGAAGUCGAAGAAAACCUAGCUCCUGAUGAAAUUCCUGCUAAGGAAUAUGACUACCUCUUGAACAUGCCAGUUAUUUCAUUAACUGAGGAAAAAGUUGAAGAGCUUUAAAGACUACUGAAAGACAAGAAACAAUAAUAUGACAAGCUCUUUAACAUGCACAUUUUCGAGAUCUGGGAACAUGAUUUGGACUAGUUCCUUGAUGCUCUCGAGAAGCAUGAAUAUGAAGAGGAAUAAGAUAGACUUGCUCAUGGUGAUUCUAAAGCUGGAGGCAAGAAAUUUGGAAAAAAGAGAGCAGCUGGUGGUGGAGCAAAAGGAAAAAAAGGUGAAGUUGCAGUAGUCAAGAAAGGAGGCGACGCUUCAGCUAAGAAAAAACCUCAGCCAAAAUAGACUACUUUGAAAUAGCCUCAAGCACCACCUCAAAUUCAGCAAGUGAAGGAGAAUGAAAUGUCUCUGAUGGAUAGAAUUAAAAUGAAGCAAGCAGCUGAUGGAAAGACCUUACCCAAGCAAUCUAUAUUAAAAGAAAUGAAAAGCAAUGAGAGAGAUGCUAUAAUGAAUGGCAAAACCACAAGAAGAGCACCUUCUAGUGAUGGGUCUAGUGAGAGAAAGCAGAUGAAAUAAAUUCCCAGAUAAAGAGUAGUUGCAGAUUUAAAGAGAUUAGCAAAAAAGGAUCAGAAACCAGUUGUUAAACCCAAAAAAAGAACCAUAAUGGAUAGCGAUGAUGAAGAGGAAGAGAGUGAUGAGAGUUUCUUUAUGCCUCAUGGAGAUGAUGAGUCAAUUUGA